CAUGGACGACGACCUUCGCUCAUCGAACGCUAUUCGCAACACUCGAAAAGAUUUCGAAGAAUGGUCCAGAAAGCAUACUACGCUGAAGACCCAACUGCCCCCCAAGGAUGGCCGUGACUACCUUCGACAUGCAAGAAACCUCAUUCCUCUUCUGGAAGGAGUUGCAGAGUUGCAUCCUUUCGCGAAAGCUAUUGUCUUCAGUUUCAGGGCUGUGAUCAUGUUCGAGCACGAUCGUAAAGAAAACGAAGCCCGGGUGACGAGCGUUUUCCUAGCGCAGACGGAUAUGAUGCGAGUCCUCCUUAGCCUCGAUGAUCUGGAUAAAAGACGUCGCGAUUAUCAUGAUUCUGGCGACGAACCCGAUGAUCUACACAAAGAGCUAAUGGAUCGUAUAUCGUACGAUAUCACAGACUGUGGCAAUAGCAUCGACACUUACUACAAGGAACAUCGAGUUUGUGGUUCGUUUCUUCUGCUAUGGGCAUCAUACGUUGACUCUGUACGUACUACAGUGAAAUUCUUUAGAGCCGAGGAAUGGAAGCAGCGUCUGCUGGGAUAUGUGGAAACGUUCAACAAUCACCGCCUCAGUCUGCAACAGACUCUCCAGAUUCAUGUCGUCGCCGGCGUUGACGAUCUCAACUUCAAGAUGGACCUCAUUCUCAAGAGCCUAUUCGACCAGAAAUAUGACUGGGAGAAAACCCUCGCAGUCAAGACGCGCCAACUCGGGAAUCGCUCGCGAUGGAUGAACAACACCAAGGUCAUUGCUGAACUCGUCAAGAUCUCCAACGACCAUCAAGUCGAUCCAUCGGUUUUCAACCCGAAGAGUAGCAAAUCCGCCCGAUCAUCGACUUCUGCUGCUUCGACUGCAAUUGGUGCUACUACAGAGUUGAACACAAUGGACUGGCAUGCACAUUUUAUCGAGAACAUCAAGGAGGAGUUGAACACAUCACUGGAGGAUCUCUGCGAGAGGAAUCGAACUCUGUUCGAGACGAAGCUCAAUUUCCAUACGAAGCGUAUCGAAGACGCCAUCAGCAAGUCUGCUCAGAGUGUCAUUCGAGCUCUGUCUGGCCCGUACGAUCGACUUGAUCAUGAGGACCUUCGCGAACUUUGGAAGGAAAUGAAUUGGAUUUUCUGCGUCGACAAUCGCCUUUUCGCCCUCGCUCUCUUCGAGUAUUACCUCGACAAAAUUUCCUCCUACGACCACAAACAGGCGUCUGGUGCGAGUGAUCCAACGAGCCCUCCGCCUCCAGCGGAUGCUACGAAGACCAUUGCUUUCCCUCGCGGGCAGGGUGUGCAAAGGCUAAAGCAUACUCAACAUCCAGAUGCCUGGACACUAGAAUUUAUAUCAGCUUACGGUCCGAGGAUUUCCAAAGCUAUCGAUUGCGACGAUUCAGGGUUCAUCCGGAUCAGCGAGGCAAACGAGUUCACCUCAAAGAUACCGAAGGGUUGGAAUUUGCCUCAGUGGUGUGCCUAUCAUACCAUCGGGUGGUUUUAUGAAGUCCGUAUCUACCAGAUGCGAAUGAACGAGAUUUUCAUUCGGAUGUGCGAGCUACAGGUAUCAGCUCUGCCAACCAAUCGAUUCUAUAUGCUACAUGAAAUAUCCGCAAUCGUACGGCUCUUCUUCCCUCUGUCUCGACACAUCGAAGGCUCAAAGAUCAUUAACCCUCCAAAUGAAAUGUGUUUGCUAAUCAAGGACAAAGUCGCUCAGCAAGACAAGCAAUACCAGGACAUGCUUCAGUCUUUCAAGUUUACGAUUGAUUCGGCGUCGACCAUUCAUCUCAUUUUCGAAGGGCAAUCACUUGAAUCGUACAUUCUCCCACUUUCCACCCUGUUGCUCGAGCAUUGGCUCCACCUCAUGGAGAUUUGUAGCAGGGAGACUCUUGACAUAAGAGAUUGGAAUUGGGUCGAAAUUACUGUCAGUCACGUUCGAGAGGUUAUCAUCAACCGCAUCUCGGACCUGGCAGCACAGUUUACAGCCGAGAAAGGUCCGAACGCUAUUAACGACGAACUCGAGGACUUUUAUGGAGGCAUUUACAGCCAUUUCUACCGCCAGUUCUUCCUCGAUGACACCGCUCCGUAUACCUACGACGACGUCGUCGCCUUCAUUAGCAGCAUUUCUCUCAUUGGCGACUUCCCUCUCAUACCAGCACCAGCAGAUAGUUCGUUGGUAUUGCGAUACGAGUCGUGGGAGGAAUACCUCAACCGUCUCGACGAGGACGACCCCGACCAGUACAAUGAGCCGCCCCCGGCCUUCGAUGACCCAGAUGAAGACCCGAAGGAGAUUCCUAAGGACAAGAGCUUUGCAAAACGAGAAGAGAUUCCACAGCCUUAUCGUAGAGGCAUUUGGUGCAAUCAUUGUGGACCUAGUUCAUACAUCGCUGAUCAGGCCCGGUACAAAUGCUUGAACUGUGAAGACGUUGAUUUAUGUGCCUCUUGCUACCAUGAUCCUGCGGCGGCGGACGAAGUUGAGGGCCACUCAUCGCUGCAUACUAUGCUCAGACUAUUGGUUCAUAUCCCUCCGCCCUUUUCAUCCUUAGUCAGAAAUUUGGCCGAACACCAGGAGAUGAAGCAUACCCUUGGUCUCCAAUUCCAGGCUGCUCAGACUGGGACCGUCCACAUUGAAUGCAUGUGUUGUUCCGAAGCCAUCAAUGUCCAUUCGACGUUUUAUGCUUGCAUCGGACAUACCUGCGAUCCUGAUCGCUUUAUCUGUGGUAACUGUGGCGAUGCUGACCGUGAAGAAAAAGAAGGGCAUCAUCCCUGGCAUACUGUUCUGGUGUUCAAGAAUCUAAGGUUGCAGGAGGAGGACAGGGAAGACGAUGUCGACCUGUUCGCGCGUGACCGAGAAAUCGAAGCUGUGUCUCAUGAUGCAGAUAUCAGCGCCAGGAUCAACGAUCUCGAGAGUCGCAUGAAAGCCUUGGAAGCUCGUGUUGACUCUGGCAUGACUGAAAUCAAAGGAUUGUUCGAGAAGUUACUUCGCGAAAUGGCCAACCAGCCCCAGCCGGUGGUCCCACAGUCUCGCGAGUUACCAGCAGCACAGGCUCCAGCUUCUGGACCUAGCGUAUCGCUUCCGUCAUUCGCACCCGUUCAGCCAGCUUUGGAUUUUGAUGCUGAAGAACGGCCGAAAGAGCAGUCGGACGAGUUCGAGGAUCAACAAGAGGAUCUAGGGGAUUUCCAGGAUGAUCAAGGUGGCUACCAGCAGAACGACGACAGUGGAUAUCAGGAGGAUGACUACUA